AAAGCGGAGGUGCAGGGAGGCUAGACCACAAUUCGCUGUAACGUGAGCCUAGCUCUGGCGGAAGGGCGGCCAGGGGCCGAUCAAAGAGGUCCGCUCCGGGGCUUGGGAGAGACCGCGAGAGCUUCGCUCUCCUUAGGCUGAGGCAGUGGGCGUCCCGGAGGACGUGUAAUUUGAGCAAAGCUUCCAAGGUCACGCGGAGACGCCCAAAGGCCUCUGACGAAAGAACUACUUCGGGGUUUGAAGGGCAGGCGUCCUUCUCGAGCACCGCUGCCCAACAAAGAAGGCGAGGAGGGGCGGGACCUGGGGCCGCGGCCGGGAGUCCACUCGGAAAUCUUCGGCCGCGGGCGUCCACUCGGAAAUCUUCGGCCGAGGCUCGGCCACCCCUCCCCAACUCCGGCCUCAGCCUCGAGCCCAGGGCCGAUCCGGAAACAGCCGAGCGGAUCCGGAAACAGCCGAGAGGACCCGGAAGCGGUGAGCGCAGUCACCGGGGAGUGCGGGAACCCGCCGUUUGAGCAGAGGCGAUGGCGGCACCCGCGCCGGCGGCCGCGGGUGAGGAUGUCCGGCGGCGGCAGCCGGAGGCCGCGCUGGACCCCCAGAUCCCGGAGGGGGCAAAAGUUGAGGCCGAAUCAGGGGAGCUCGACCGGCUUCGGGCUGAGCUGGCAGGCGCCCUGGCAGAAAUGGAAACCAUGAAGGCUGUGGCCGAGGUGAGCGAGAGCACGAAGGCCGAGGCUGUGGCUGCAGUGCAGCGGCAAUGCCAAGAGGAGGUGGCCUCGCUGCAGGCCAUCCUGAAAGACUCCAUCAGCAGCUAUGAAGCCCAGAUCACGUCUCUGAAGCAGGAGCGGCAGCAGCAGCAGCAGGACUGUGAGGAGAAGGAGCGGGAGCUGGGGCGCCUGAAGCAGCUGCUGUCCAGGGCUCACCCCCUGGACUCCUUGGAGAAGCAGAUGGAAAAGGCCCACGAGGACUCGGAGAAGCUGCGGGAGAUCGUGUUGCCCAUGGAGCAGGAGAUUGAGGAGCUGAAGGCGAAAUUGCUGAGGGCAGAGGAGCUGAUCCAAGAGAUCCAGAGACGUCCCCGGCAUCCCCCUUCCCUGCACGGCUCCACGGAGUUGCUCCUGUCCCGGGACCCAUCUCCCCCACUGGAGCCUCUCGAGGAGCUGAGUGGAGACGGGGGCGCGGCGGCCGAGGCCUUCGCCCACAACUGUGACGACAGCGCCUCCAUCUCCUCCUUCUCCCUCGGCGGUGGGGCCAGCGGCAGCUCCUCCCUGCCCCGCAGCCGCCAUGGCCUGAGCCCCGAGCAGGAAGAGACAGCCUCUCUGGUGUCCACGGGCACCCUGGUCCCUGAGGGCAUCUACCUGCCCCCUCCUGGUUACCAGCUCGUCCCAGACAACCAGUGGGAGCAGCUGCAGGUGGAGGGGCGGCAGCUGCAGAAGGACCUGGAGAGCAUCAGCCGGGAGCGGGACGAGCUGCAAGAGGGCCUGAGACGGAGUAACGAGGACUGCGCCAAGCAGAUGCAGGUGCUCCUGGCCCAGGUCCAGAACUCAGAGCAGCUGCUGCGGACCCUGCAGGGGACCGUGAGCCAGGCCCAGGAGCGGGUUCAGCUGCAGAUGCCUAGAAGGAGGGCGUGGGCUUCCUGGCUGUCAUUCCUGACCACUGGGAGGAGUGUUCAGGCUUUGGCCUCACGGGAGACUGGAGACCCCCUGUCCCCUCAUCGCUUCGUCCUAACUGUCCAUCCCCAGGCAGAGCUGGCCACCUCGCACAAGUGCCUGAGCCACGAGGUAAAGCGACUGACUGAGGAAAACCAAGGGCUCCGGGCUGAGCAGCUGCCGUCUUCAGCCCCCCGGAGCCUGGAGCAGGAUGAGGGCCAAGAGGAGUCGCUGCCCGGCUCGCUGCUGGAGCUGCGGCAGCUGGUGCGCCGCACGCAGCAGGAGGCGCGGGCCCACCAGCAGGCCCAGGAGCACGAGGCCGAGCGGCUGCGGAUUGAGAUCGUGACCCUGCGGGAGGCGCUGGAGGAAGAGACGGCGGCGAGGGCCAGCCUGGAGGGGCAGCUGAGGGUGCAGCGGGAGGAGACAGAGGUGUUAGAGGCCUCCCUGUGCAGCCUGAGGAUGGAGAUGGAGCGGGUCCAGCAGGAGCAGAGCAGGGCCAGGCAGCAGGAAGUCCUGAGGCAGCCACCGGGCUUGGGCCGCACAGAAGAGGCCCAGCUCACAGACCUCCUCUCGGAACAGAGGGCAAAGAUGCUGCGGCUGCAGGCUGAGCUGGAGACCAGUGAGCAAGUGCAGAGGGAUUUCGUACGACUGUCCCAGGCCUUGCAGGUGCGCCUGGAACGGAUCCGCCAGGCAGAGAGUCUGGAGCAAGUGCGCAGCAUCAUGGACGAGGCGCCCCUCAGGGACGUCGGGGACAUCAAGGACACCUGAGGGGCCAGCACCACCCACCCUGGGGGGAGACCGUCUUUCUCCACUCCUGAACCGUGAGGCCGAGGUUUUGGGGGUCUCAGGAUGGAGUCUUCACCCUCUCCAAGCCUGGGGUUGAGGUGACGGGACCACCGCUGCCCUGUCCCUCCAGCGCCUCCUCCCAGGGCCGGCUGGGUCUUCUGCUUCCAAAGAUGACCCCUGGGUGAGGGUCCCAACCCCCUCUGGAAACCAGAGGGGCAGGCUCAGCCCUGUGGCUUUCUGGCUGCCAUGCUGCCUCCUGGGCUCCAAGCCUCCCGCCCCCGCCCCCACCCAGCCUAACAGCCAUGCCUGUUACCUCCAUCCCCUUCCCCAGGCACAGCCGAGCUGUGAGUGGUGGCCGAGAGCCCUGGGUCGUGUCCCCGGGUCCCUCCACACACGCGCCCUGGGACAGGUGGCUGCUUCCUGGACUGCAUGACACUAAGAUGCUUGUCCCCAGGGGCCCGAACCAGGCCCCAAGGUGUGCACGGAGACAAGGCCAGAUUUUUCUGUCAUUUAUUUUCAAUAAAUAAGCAGCUCAGCUCAA